CUAGAUAGCAGCCUAAUCUAAUACGCGAUUUAUGUACGGCCAACACAGUCAAGCCCUUUCCACCCACCAUGCCCCUCUCGAGACAGGUUCAAAGAAAACGCUCCGGCUUAUUCGUGACCUUAUUAUGGAAGUUUAUCUUCGCCUUGUGCAAGAUGCACUCGACUAGUACCGAAGCUCCAGGAACCGGAACAUCAGUUACAGCAUCCGAAGAUGCUGUCGCCGCGGCGUGUAAUGAGUUGAGCCCGAGGACUCGCCAGGUAUAUACGGGCAGGAUAGUUGCAGUAAUAGAGUCGCCGAUUGAAGUCAUCUUGGUACCUCAAGUCAUCGUAGGCACCCCUUUCGUAGAAGCAUUGCGUGUCUCUUGCACCACCGCAUCAAUAAGAUCGUAGAAGGAUUGCACAUUAGAAGCUGACAAGGUGUCCCAUCAUCAAAGACCCUAGUCAAUGGCAUGCAAUCCGAG